GAGGACGAGGACGAGGACGAGGACCACGACGACGACGAGGAGGACGAGGAGGAGGAGGAGGAGGAGGACAACGAGGCCCACCUUUUCGCUCUACAUUUUCUGUUCGCAUACAGCCUGGCCAUGGUUCUGAACCUGAUGAUGGAUCCGAGCCUAGCUUCAUUGAUGCAACUCAUAAGCCCACUAGUGGGCUAUGCUAUGCACGUGUCUGUUCAGGCAGGUUUCGUACAGUUCAAGACCAAGAACCACUUUCGCGUGGUGCAAAGUAUUGCUGUUGUUAGCUAUACCACAUUCCUCUACGGUGUGGCCAAUGAGCAAGAAUAUGAGCGUUUCUGUGCCGCGGAAAGGGUUGCAGGUACGACACUUAUGCUGCAAUGUGUGCUUCUCAUUGAUAUGCACGUGACCCUCCCAAUCUCCAUCCUUUCGUCUGCAGUAGUAACUUUCAAACGCUGGCAGUUGAUGGGUUUCUCGAACGUCACUCCCGAGCUCGUGUGGUCCACUCUGGUCUCGCAUGCGACAGUUACUUGGAUAGUGUUCUGGGUUUCGCAUGCCCUGCAGUCCAGCAUAGCUAGAAAACUGGAAUCCGACGAUGCGUCGUCCCUCCUUCUGGCAUCCCGUCAUGUCUUGAAAGGUGUCUGUGAUGGAGACUUGGUAUUAGAUCGUCGCAGCCAUCUGAUUGUGGAGGAUGCGAGCCCGUUGGAACGGCUCUUGCAUGCCAAGGAGAAGUUGAGCGGAAGAAACUUCUUGGACCUCUUUCUGGACGCAGAUGGGCGGCAGCGAUUUUUGCACUUUCUGCAAAGUGAAGCUGCCCCCAAAGCAAGCAAAGCCGCCAUCCCGCCAUGCCUGAGGAUCGCCUUGCAGGGGGCGGAUGGCCCAGUGUCCACCGAUGUCUUCUGCACAAGUUGUGCGGCAGCAGGGAAAGACUAUGAAAAUUACCUGCUGGCAUUCCGCGCUGAUCCGGACCAAGUUCUUGCCCCACCCGAUGCGCCGUUGGGGGCUUUUGAGGUCACGCGGCAAGGCUCGGAAGGGCGGCAGCGGCAGAGGUCAGAGGGCCCAGGCAGCUCCAGCGAAGUCGCGGAAGCCUUCAAUGAGCUGGUGCAGGGCCAAUUGGCCAAUUGGUUGGAUUUCUUCUACAGCUCCCGGAGAACACAUCGCCUGUUCAACGUUGCCAUCUCCAAAGGGAUGCCCGGAGUCCCGCAGGUGACACUGAUUGUGAGCAACGGCAACCCCCGGAUGGACAUCGAAGAGGCUUCCUUGUCAUUCUGUCGCUCGCGCCAAAGCCGUGGCAUGCCGACCCUGCGCAACUUCAUUCCCAUCAACCACUGGGAGCGGGUGGUGGAGUUCUUCCGCAGUGCCAAGGUGCUUUCACCAACUGAAGCUCAGGACGGCAAGAUUUCUUUCUACAGCGUGGCAAAGAAAAGCGAAGUCAUGAAGGUGGAGGAAAGUUCAGAGCAUACGGUCUCCAAAUCCUCUGAUGAAGAGGAGUCCGACCUCAGUGACUUCGAUGUUGACAUCAAACGGGAACCAGCCAAGGAGAAGGAUGACCUGGCUGAGUCUCCCAAGGUCGACCAGGAAGCUGACCAGGAAAUGGCCGAGGAAGAAGAAGCUUCGGAACCCCGCGACCAAGGAGUCGAUCAAGAUUUCUGCAGGUUUCUUCAUGAGCCUGAAGCUGAAGCGUUCAGCUGCGUCUACUUCCACAACGUGCCCUUCGAGGAUUUGGUGCAAGCGAUUCAGCCAAAGUUCGAGACCCGGAUGCCGAUGUCCAGCCAAUUGAAUGCCGUCAUCCAGAUGGCAUGGGGUGAGCCCAUCGACACCAACCCC